UGCGGAGCCGGGAAUCCGGAGCCGGGAACCCGGAGCCGCGAAUCCGAAGGAGAGCUGAGCCCGGGAAGCCCGGGGCGAUCGCGAGCCCGAGAGCUCCCGGGGGGCGCGGUCCGCGUCCAGCGCUUCCUGACUGGACGGUGCGCCGGCUCCUCCUUAUCUGCCCCUGCCUGAGUUGCACCCACCCUCACCUGGACUUCCAGCCCCAGAGGCGUAGGACAAAGCCGAGGACCCCUCCCUCACCAUGCGCCUCAACAGCUCCAUGCCAGGCAACCCUGGUGCGCCAGGCGCCGACCCCUUCCAGCGGCCCCAGUCUGGGCUGGAGACAACGCUCCUGACCCCGAACGUGGCCAACGGCUCCGGCAACGUGUCCGAGCGCAGCCUCCCCGCGCCCGGCAGCGACCUGGACGUAAACACAGACAUCUACUCCAAGGUGCUGGUGACCGCAGUGUACCUGGCGCUCUUCGUGGUGGGCACAGUGGGCAACUCAGUGACAGCGUUCACACUUGCCCGCAAGAAGUCCCUGCAGAACCUGCAGAGCACGGUGCACUACCACCUGGGCAGCCUGGCGCUGUCCGACCUGCUCAUCCUGCUGCUGGCCAUGCCAGUGGAGCUGUACAACUUCAUCUGGGUGCACCACCCCUGGGCCUUCGGCGAUGCCGUCUGCCGGGGCUACUACUUCCUGCGGGAUGCCUGCACCUAUGCCACCGCUCUCAACGUGGCCAGCCUGAGCGUGGAGCGAUACCUGGCCAUCUGCCACCCCUUCAAGGCCAAGACCCUCAUGUCCCGCAGCCGCACCAAGAAGUUCAUCAGCGCUAUCUGGCUGGCCUCAGGGCUGCUGGCUGUGCCCAUGCUCUUCACCAUGGGCCAGCAGAACCGCAGUGCUGACGGCCAGCACCCUGGCGGCCUGGUGUGCACACCCAUCGUGGACACUGCCACCGUCAAGGCCGUCAUCCAGAUCAACACCUUCAUGUCCUUCGUGUUCCCCAUGGUGGUCAUCUCAGUCCUGAACACGGUCAUCGCCAACAAGCUGACCACCAUGGUGCGCCAGGCUGCCGAGCAGGGCCGGGUGUGCACCGUGGGGGCCCAGCACAGCGCCUUCAGCAUGUCCGUUGAGCCCGGCAGGGUCCAGGCCCUGCGGCAUGGCGUCCGGGUCUUACGUGCUGUGGUCAUCGCCUUUGUGGUCUGCUGGCUGCCUUACCACGUGCGGCGCCUCAUGUUCUGCUACAUCUCUGACGAGCAGUGGACCCCGUUCCUCUACGACUUCUACCACUACUUCUUCAUGCUGACCAACGCGCUCUUCUACGUCAGCUCCACCAUCAACCCCAUCCUCUACAACCUGGUCUCCGCCAACUUCCGCGAGAUCUUCCUGUCCACCCUGGCCUGCCUCUGUCCUGCAUGGCGGCGCAGGAGGAAGAGGCCAGCCUUCUCACGGAAGCCCAACAGUGUGUCCAGCAACCACGCCUUCUCCAGCAGCGCCACCCGGGAGACGCUGUACUAGGGUCUGGCGGGAGCUGCGAGGCUUAAGGAAGCUGGGAGGAGGCCGCAGCCCCACCCAGGGCCUCCACAGCCCAGCCAGAGGCCAGCUCGCCUAGCCUGAGCCCAGCACCCACACCCCAGAGGCUUCUCUUCCCCACCUCCUCCUCCCCCACUUCCUCCUCCCCGCCAUUAAAAGCCAGAUAGAGACACUGUUGUCUCCCAGACCCAAAAAAAGGCCUUUCACAGGACCAGUCAGUGGUCAGUGAAAGGCAGCUGUCUUUGUUCCCAGGCUAAUGGAUGGCCAGAGAAAAGGACAUGAAAGGAGCGCCCCUGGGGUCUCACCAGCAGGAGCACAGACGUGGCCCAGCCCCAGAGGGGAGGGGUGAGCCGGGAGGGGGCAGUCCUGCCCAGGCGUGGGCUCUGUCCCGGCCUCCCUCUGCCUCUGGUUCAGCUCAGGGUGGGCCCAGGCCAAGGCCUAGUGAGCACCAC